AUGGCUUUUAAAUUUCUUCUGGUAACAGCCUUAGCCUUAUGUCAUGGAUUCAACCUGGACACCGAAAACCCCAUGACCUUCCAAGAGAAGGCAAGAGGCUUCGGGCAGAGUGUGGUCCAGCUCGGUGACUCCAGAGUGGUUGUUACAGCCCCCCAGGAGGCAAAGGACGUUAACCAAACAGGUGGCCUCUACCAGUGUGACUACAGCACCAGCAGGUGUGAGCCCAUUUCCCUGAAAGUGCCCCCAGAGGCUGUGAACAUGUCCUUGGGUUUGUCCCUGGCUGCCUCUACAGACCCCUCCCAGCUGCUGGCCUGCGGCCCCACUGUGCAACAAACAUGCAAGGAGAACACUUAUGUUAAAGGGAUGUGCUUCCUGUUCGGCUCCAACCUGAUGCGGCCGCCCCAGCAGUUCCCAGAGGCUCUCAGAGAAUGUCCUCAGCAGGAGAGUGACAUUGCCUUCUUGAUUGAUGGCUCUGGUAGCAUCCACCCCACAGACUUUCAGAAGAUGAAAGAGUUUGUCUAUACUGUGAUGGAGCAGUUCACAAAGUCGAAAACCUUGUUCUCUUUGAUGCAGUACUCUGAUGAAUUCCGGACUCACUUUAACUUCGAUGCUUUCAAGAAAAAUCCUAACCCAAGAACACAUGUGAACCCCAUCAGGCAGCUGAAUGGAAAGACAAAAACCGCCUCAGGAAUCCGCAAAGUAGUGAGAGAACUGUUUCAGAAAACUUCUGGGGCUCGGGAGAAUGCCGUGAAGAUUCUAGUUGUCAUCACAGAUGGAGAAAAAUACGGCGAUCCCUUGAAUUAUGAGGAUGUCAUCCCUGAGGCAGACAGAGCAGGGGUCAUUCGCUAUGUCAUUGGGGUGGGGAAUGCCUUCACCGGUAGGAAAUCCCGCCAAGAGCUUGAUACCAUUGCUUCUAAGCCAGCUGGAGAUCACGUGUUCCAAGUGGACAACUUUGAAGCCCUGAAGACCAUUCAGAACCAGCUCCAGGAGAAGAUCUUCGCCAUUGAGGGCACUCAGACAGGAAGUACCAGCUCUUUUGAGCAUGAGAUGUCUCAAGAAGGCUUCAGUGCCGCCAUCACCUCUAAUGGUCCCUUGCUGGGCUCUGUGGGGAGCUUUGACUGGGCAGGUGGAGCCUUUCUGUACACAUCACAGAAUAAAGCCACCUUCGUCAACACAACCAGAGUGGAUUCAGAUAUGAAUGAUGCUUACUUGGGUUAUUCUUCUGCGGUCAUCAUGAGGAGCCGGGUCCAAAGCUUGCUUUUAGGGGCACCUCGAUAUCAGCAUACUGGUCUGGUGGUGAUGUUCAGACAGAAUUUCGGUGCCUGGGAGCCUCAGGCUGAUAUCAAGGGCAGCCAGAUUGGCUCUUACUUUGGGGCCUCCCUCUGUUCCGUGGACAUGGAUGGUGAUGGCAAUACCAACUUGAUCCUCAUUGGGGCCCCUCAUUACUAUGAGCAGACCCGAGGAGGCCAGGUGUCAGUGUGUCCUUUGCCUAGAGGGCAGAGGGCUCGGUGGCAGUGUGAAGCCAUUCUCCACGGCGAACAGGGCCAUCCCUGGGGUCGUUUCGGGGCAGCUCUGACAGUCCUGGGAGAUGUGAAUGGGGACAAGCUGACAGAUGUGGCCGUCGGGGCUCCAGGAGAGCAGGAGAAUCAGGGAGCCGUCUACAUCUUUCACGGGGCAUCGACAGUCAGCAUCAGCACCCCUCAUAGCCAGCGCAUCGCAGGUGCCAGCUUCUCCCCCAAGCUCCAGUACUUCGGUCAGUCGCUGAGCGGAGGCAAGGACCUCACAAUGGAUGGCCUGACAGACCUAGCUGUGGGGGCCCAGGGGCACCUCCUGCUGCUCAGAGCCCAGCCCGUGUUAAGACUUGAGGCAACCAUGGAAUUCAUUCCCAAUAUUCUAGCAAGGAAUGUGUUUGAAUGUCAGAAUCAAGCCUCAAGAAACAAGGAUGCUGGGGAGGUCACAGUCUGCCUCCGUGUCCGCAAGAGCACCAGGGAUCGGCUGCAAGAAGGAGAUAUCCAGAGCACUGUCACUUACGACCUGGCGUUAGACCCUGGCCGCACACAGGCCCGUGUCCGUGCCAUCUUUGAGGAGACAAAGAACAACACUCGCCGGAGGGUCCAGGUCUUUGGGUUGACACGGAAAUGUGAAACCCUGAAGCUGCAGUUACCGGUCUGUGUGGAGGACUCAGUGAGUCCCAUCAUCCUGCGCCUCAACUAUACGCUGGUGGGGGAGCCCUUGGGCUCCUCUAGGGACCUCCGGCCCGUUCUGGCUGAGGAUGCUCAGAGGCUCUUCACAGCUACGCUUCCCUUUGAAAAGAACUGUGGCAAUGACAGCAUUUGCCAGGAUGACCUCAGCAUCACUCUGAGUUCCAUGGGCCAGGACACUUUGGUGGUGGGAGACCCUCGGGACUUCAACCUGAGGGUGACAGUGAGAAAUGACGGGGAAGACUCCUACGGGACCACGGCUACCUUCUACUACCCGGCUGGCUUGUCUUAUCGGAAGGUGUCAGCGAGUCAGAACCCGCUUACCCAGAAGCCUUGGCGUGUGGCACCGGAGCACAGCUCCUCCACUGAAGGGCACGGGGCUCUGAAAAGUACCACCUGCCACAUAAAUGCCCCCAUCUUUCCUGCUAACUCCGAGGUCACCUUUAAUGUCACAUUUGAUGUGGACUCUGAUGCUUCCCUUGGGAACAAACUGCUCCUCAAGGCCAACGUGACCAGUGAGAACAACAUGUCCAGGACCCACAAAACGGAGGCUCAGUUGGAGCUGCCUGUGAAGUACGCUGUCUACAUGGUUGUUACCAGUGAUGAGAAUUCUACCAAAUACCUCAACUUCACAGCUUCAGAGAUGACCAGUCAGGACAUACAGCAUCAGUACCAGUUCAACAACCUGGGCCAGAGGAGCCUCCCUGUCAGUGUGGUCUUCUGGAUCCCCGUCCAGCUGAACAAGGUGACCAUAUGGGACCAUCCCCAGGUCAUCUUCUCCCAGAACCUCUCAAAUGCCUGUCACACCGAGCAGAAAUCCCCCCCUCACUCCAAGUUCCAGGAGGAGCUUGAGAAGGCCCCAGUGCUGAACUGCUCUGUUGCAGUCUGUAAGAGAAUCCAGUGUGACCUCCCAUCCUUCAACACUCAGGAAAUGUUCAAUGUCACCCUCAAGGGCAAACUGUCAUUUGACUGGUAUAUCAAGACUUCUCAUAAACACCUCCUGCUUGUGAGCACCGCUGAGAUUGUGUUUAAUGACUCUGUCUUUGCCCUGCUCCCAGGGCAGGGGAUGUUUGUCAAGUCCCAGACGCAGACCAAAGUAGAACCAUAUGAAGUUCACAACCCUGUACCACUUAUUGUGGGCAGCUCCAUUGGGGGCCUGGUUCUUUUGGCUCUCAUCACUGCCGGCCUGUACAAGUUUGGCUUCUUCAAGCGGCAAUACAAGGACAUGAUGAACGAAGCUGCUCCCCAAGAAGCCCCGCCUCAGUAAAGGCCCUUUCUCCACGGAGCGACCUCUGCAAUAGCAAGCAG